AUGGGAGGAGGAGCUGCAGAGCUUCAUGGGAGAUGUACUGACAAUGCACACGCCUGUCGUUCUCUCGGUGUUGCUGGUCGUGGUGUCAACAUAGUGGCGAAGCCCAAAAACCGUUUCACUCGCUAUCCAUUAUGGAACACUAAGAUGUACCCAAUCUGGAAAGAAGGAGACUCUCGUUACAAAGACUCCUGGAAAGGAGGAAGAGCAACUUUGAACAUCGGGAAUGAUUCUCCAACUCUGACUGGAGCCAAAGUUACCUUCACCAUUGAUCUGCAGUUCCCACACAAUCAAAAGCUGCAGCCCAACGGAGACGUGGUUUGGGCUGAAGACUGCACAGUUAAUGGGAUAAAGUAUCAUCAGUCUGAACUGGUUUACCCAGUACCCAACACAGAAUGGGAGGCUGUUUUUCCUGAUGGGACAUCAAUGAAGGAGGACAAAAAUCCACGCUAUGUGUUUGUCUGGAAAACACGGGGUCAGUACUGGCAGGUGGCAGGUUGCCCCUCCUCCUCCCUCACCAUAGCCACAGAUGACAUCCCCCUUGGCUCCUACACUAUGGACAUUGUUAUAUACCACUAUCGCAGCAAGGAGAAGUUCAUUCCUCUGGGAUAUGGCUCCACUCAGUUCUCCAUCACUGAUCAAAUCCCCUUUGUGGUCUCCCUUGACCAAGUCAAUGGCAUUUUAGCCACAGACACUCACUUCAUCCAAAACAAGGCGAUCGCCUUCACAAUCACGCUCCACGACCCCAGCGCAUACCUCAACAAUGCAGACAUCACCUUCAACUGGGACUUUGGGGAUGAAAGUGGUGCCCUCAUAUCCAGGGAGUUGACUGUCACUCACACCUACAUCAGCGCUGGUGCCUUCAAGCCCCAUGUGGUGAUACAGGCCGUCAUCCCAGAUAAAGCUUGUGACUGUCCUGUUGAUGACCCCACCCAGGCCCUUGGUCCACAUGUUGAUCUGAGCCCCACAGUCAAAGUUCCUACACUGGUGUCUGCUGCUGUCCCACUUCUGAUCUCCACAGACACACCUGGUCUGACUGUCAACAUGCUUCCUUCAGACGCAGAGGAGGACAAUGCUGAGGACGAGGUCUCCACUACUCAGCUUGAAGACGUGACAGCCAAGAGUCCCCCCAAGUUUAAUGCUGGCACAAGUACAAAGGGGACAUUAACUCUGACAGGCCAAACUGCAGUGGCGGUUCUUUCUAAAAGAGAUGCAGACGAUAAACCCGCCGAUGACGACUGUGUAAUAUAUCGCUAUGGCUCCUUCUGUACUGGCAUUGAAGUAGCAGUCGAAACCAUUGAAAAACUUGAAAUCAUUCAAAUAGACAAUGAAGUCAUGUCAACACCAGAUGCCGUCAGAAACGUUUUGGAUCUCACAGUUACCUGUAGUGGAAGUGUUCCAAAAGAAGUGUGCAGUGUGGUUCUCGAUGCCGAGUGUUUGAGGCCAAUUCACACAGCGUGCAACAUGGUGGAGCCAUCAGAAGAGUGCCGGCUGGUGCUGCGUCACUUCUUCCAGGACUCUGGUAUCUACUGCAUCAAUGUGUCCGUGUCCAAUGAUGUCAGUUUCGCUGUGACCAGCGCUAAAGUCCAAGUCAACAUGGGCUCGGCCCUGGUAUCCUCUGGUACUGUUACCAUGGUGAUGGGUCUUCUGGUACUAGUGACAGCAGCAGCAGUAGUUGCAUAUUCUUACAAGAGAUUUAAGACCGAUCAUCCUCUGAAGGAUGCUGUGUUUCAUCACACAUAUAUCAUGAAGUCAAUCUUCAGUAACCUUCUGAAGUGUCAGAGAGUGCCGGUGGAUAACCGCCCACUGCUGCAGGACAAACCGCUGUGAAUGACUGACCUCUGAAAACAUCUCAUCUGCAGUCCCCGUUUGACUUUUUUUAAAUAUACAUUUUAAUACAUUUUUUUCUAAAGUUAGCAUUUUUCUAAAAUUUUAAUCAAACAUACUCCAGGAAUGAGAGAUCUGACCAUUUCUAAUGUUUUGU